UUCAGUUUCAUUUUGAACGUCGAACGUGUAGAACGCCGAGAACGCCAAGAAACCGCUCUUAACAACGACCCGCUGUAUAAACCGGGCUGAAGCCAUUGAAACGCGUGUGAACGGGAGCCCAACUAAAUAUUCAUUACUUGGGCGGUCGCUUAAAGUGGAAAACGCCAAAAAGCUAACUUAAAAGCAACCAAAUGCGAAAUUUCUCAUGGCUUAAGAGGAGACAGAAUAUUACUAUGGAAUAAACCAAAUACAAAAAUAGAAAGAAGAACAAAAACCAAUUGAACUUGAAGGCAACGAAACUCAUUAGCAUUGAAUAAGACAAAUCGAACUUAUCAAACAAAUCAAAGGCGUUAAAAACUCUUAAACACCAUUUUGGACAAGCUGCGAUCGACAAGCUAACCCUAUAGUUUGUAAGACUAAAAAUAUGUUGCCGAGACGUUCAGGAAAGGGUAUACGUACACCCAAACCGAAUCGAGAGACAUUGAGCGCUCCCGAAACAAUUUCACUGGUGCUUUUGCUAUGUUUGUCUCUUAUUGGACGCGUCAGUGCUCAAGUUGAUACCACUAUUAGUGAACAAGAAAGCCAAUCAGUUGUCCUACCAUGUCCCGUUAAUGAGGACAAGUGCGGAAAGCUGCACUCACUAAACUGGUUUAAGGGCGAUGAUCGCAUUGCUGCAAUGCUAUUAGGAGACAAUAAUGUGACAAGUGUUAACAAAGAAUUUGAAGAAAGAGUGACUGUUGAGCAAAAUCCGUACAGGCUUGUUAUUAAGGACUUGAAAAUAUAUGAUGAAGAUAUUUAUCUAUGUGAUACUACAUUUUUUAUACCAGAAGAAACGUGUGAUAACUUCAAUGGAUAUCGAAUCGAGUUGAGAGUCCUAGAAAAUAUUGUGCCACCCACUGAGGUUGUUAUUUUGGAUGCUAAAGGCGAUCGAAUCAAGAACGGCAGCAUAGUGGGACCCAUGCAGGAACGUCAAUCACUCAAAGCAACAUGUACCGUGAAGAACACCCGCCCUCAACCAGAGGUGGGGUGGUUCCGCGGAACCAAGCGACUAACAACUUAUUCCCCUACUCACGAUUUAAACGAUGGUCUUUAUACGUCAACACUCGAAUUGGAUUGGUCAUUAUCCCGAGACGACCUUGCUCAGGAUAUUGAAUGUCGAGUGACAUCUGCAGCCUUACCAAACACAACUGUUACAAAAUUUAGCGUGGACUUACAAGUACGUCCGACAGGUAUUGAAAUUAAUGGAGUGGAACAUCAUACAGUACAAGGCAGCAAAGUGGUUUUAACAUGUGAUAUUUACGGCGCUCGCCCAGCUGUUAAUCUUUCAUGGUAUAAUUCAACUAACCUAAUAAGUGCUGAAACAAAUAACCUAACUGAAAUUCGGAUGAAAGCGUUUGAAACGAACGAUGGCACUUAUCACACCCAAUCAGAACUAAUUUUUAUUGCAACUCGUUUUGAGAAUGACCGUGUUUUUCGCUGUGAGGCUGAAAACGUUGUUUUGCAAUUAAAUCGAGAAAAACCAAUUUCAUCCGCGCUAACAUUGGAAGUUUUAUAUCCCCCCGUUGUAAAAGUUAGUCCAUCUGACAUUAUUGCCAAUACAAGUGAAAUCGUUCUUCUUAAUUGUGAAUAUGUUGCGAAUCCUGCUUCUCUAACGCAAGUUGAAUGGUAUCGCAAUGAUGAACUGGUAAAUAUUAAUGACACCGAUCAUUAUAAAGGCGGUAAUUCAGAGAAUGUUGCCCUCGUAAUUAAAUCUACAGAAAAAAAAGACAUUGGAAAUUAUUCAUGUCAAUUAUCCAAUAACAUUGGCAAAGGAAUUUCUGAUCAGAAAAUAAAUCUUGACGUGCAAUAUGUCCCGAGUGUAGAGAUUUUAAUGAUACCAGAGGGUCCUGUAAAAGAAAGCGAUGAGUCGAAUGUCACCUUAUUUUGCAACAUUUUGGACGCAAAUCCUCCUGUUCUCAAUAAAGUGAGGUGGUACGCUAACUCUACGCUGCUAAAGGAGCUUCCGGACUGUGAGGAAACAAGAGAGGAUCUUUGCCACAUAGACCCAAGUAAACUGUUAUUGGAAAGUAUUGGACGUGGCUUCUUCUACAAUUAUUCUUGUGAGGGCUUUAAUUCUGCUGGCUGGGGUCCACGCAGCGAAGACAAAGAAUUGAUGGUGCAUUACGAGCCCGGAUCUGCUGCACUUACUCUUUUUCCCCUAGUCGCCGUAAAGAAAAAGAGCGUGACAUUCACGUGCUCCGUAGAUGAUCCCGGCUACCCAAACUCAAAUAGAUUUCGUUGGCUACGCGGCGGUCGAGGUCCUCUCCAGGACAUUGUGACGAAGGACUGGACGGUGGAGCCGGUCGGCCUAGAUAGUCGGACCAAUUAUUCUUGCUACGCAUUCAACGAGGGGGGCAAAGGCGAAAUGGCUACAGUCAACUUGGAGGUACACGCACCACCGUUUUUUAUCAAGAACUUGCCACCUUAUACGGGAAUACUGCACACCACGGCCAAUGCCAGUUUGACCUGUCGCAUUGAGUGCGUUCCGCGCUGUGAAAUAUCUUGGCUAAAGGAUGGAGAGCCGAUACCGAAAAACGAUACUCGCUAUUUUGUUAAGGAAAAAUACAUGGAAUCAUCGCCAGCCACAGGCGACUUUGAAAGCAUGUUAUCAGUUUUGCACUUUAAUAUAUCAAAUUGGCCUCUUGCCAAGUUCGAUAUCGAGGCAGAUAAUGCGAACUACACUUGUGUCUCGACGGGCAACACAGUGGGACCUAGCAUCAGGAGUCGCACUUAUUUCGGCAUUGAAUACGCACCGGACAAUACAACCGUCUCGGAGAAUAUUGUUUAUGUGCAAGAAGAUAGAAUACCAGGCCCUGUGAUAUGCAAAUCCCGAGCUAAUCCAGAACCUUCAUAUAAGUGGUUUUUCAAAAACGAAACUAUAGCUAAUGGAAAUGCAUUAAUUAUUAAUAAUGCUAUGAAACGUACUGAUAAUGGCACCUAUACCUGUCUUGCCUAUAACAAGCAUGGUAGCAGCACUGCUGAAACCGUUAUCAAAGUUCAUUUUAAGCCACGAUGCGAAAUCGAAAGACGGGAAAUUGACGAUCAGGAUACUCUUAUUUGUACUGCUAUUGGAGAUCCUUCGGAGGCGGAUUUUUCUUGGUCAAUUAAAUCUGAAAAUGAAACGGUUGAAAGUUUGGGUAGCGGAGACAAAAAAAAUUUCGUCGAUAAAAGCUUCUACAUAUUACAAAAGGAUUAUGCAAUUUCUAGGACCUACAGAUGUUUGGCUAAUAAUACGGUUGGUUCCGGACCAUUUUGUGAAAUUGAAGUUGCUGCUGCAUCAACGCUUGUAAUUUGGUGGCAAGUACGCCCAAAAAAACAACUGGCAUUUUGGCAACUCUGGGAAAAGACAACACUUAUCAUAGUAACUGCUGCUAUAUUGGGCUUGUUGCUGACCGUUAUUAUUAUUUGUUGCAUAAUUAUAUGCAUUUGCCGUCGUCGUCGUCGCCAGGAUAAAUACCUCACGGAAAUUUCCAUAGGAGCUUCCCAAAGUGUACUAUUUGGUCAGCCGGAAAAAUUGCAGGCGGUUGAAAGCCUAUCAAUACUGGACAAAUAUGCAAAGCCACCUUCAAUGCGCUUCAGUGGCAACGCACCAAAAUCUCCACCGCGCUGGCCAAUUCGUCCUGGGGUGAUGCUUCAUGUAAGCAAUAAUACAAAGGAAAAUCUGACUGUAAAUCGAAUGACAUUAAAACCGAAUCUAUCUGGCAAUACAUGCAAUAUGAGUCUGAUGUCAGACCAAUUUGAUGCUGCCUUAAGGAAGAGUGAGGCUAACUUCGAAAGUACCAUCCUCACUGAGGUCUCAGUGGUUUCAGAGAGAAAUGCAGGAUCGGAGUUUACUACAGUUUCAAGACCACAAUCAGAGGAUAAAAAGUCUGCAGCAGAAACAGCUCCAUUGGAUAACUACCCUGCCAAGGCACCACGAGCUAGUUUUGGCCAAAACAAAUUGGAUCAUGUUUUAGAACUCCUUUUUAAAAGGUCUAAAAAGUCUUCGGCCGAUUGCACUCGGGAUAGUCAGCGGAGUCAUGUGGGUUUAUUACAGACUUUUUGGCGUGGUCUGUCUUUUACUGAAAGCUCCUCGCCAUUCGGAACUCAACAGCGUCCAAAAGGAAUACGUUGCAGCGGAAGUGUAACAUACAAAAAGGCCAAAGAUAAUAUUACUACAACGACAAAAGCAGCACCAUUAGGUGAAUCAUCUUUAAUAAACAAACCCAGCAAUUGCCAAUCACAUUCCUCUGUGACAUUACCUGUGCCUUUAUUAUACAAGAAUGCUGAUUCUGCUAAUAUAGUUACUACAGGCGCUGAGGAAAACCUUUCAGAGAAAGUAAAAGGCUUUACAUACAAUGUCGCCCACGGUGUCAUAGACGUAACCUCAUUGGAACCUCGCCAAAACCACAAAUUUACACCUUCACCAAAACUUCUACCUCCAUCAUUACCAUCGCGGAGUGCACGCAAUACAUACAAUUCCGCCGAUUUAAAGUUGGUUCCAUCCCGUGCACUUGUUCAUGUGCAAAUACACGACAAGUCCUCUUCACUGGGGGAACCAUUGACGGAACCUGGCGAGUAUGAGAAUCUUCCAUUUCAUGGUCUGCAAACGGCACCUAACAAGUCCUCUACUACUCCUACAAAUUUUAAUAACAACGCAAAUUCGGUACGAGUUGCUCCACGACUCAAAAGACUCAAUGGAAUGAUCAAUCAGUCAUCCGCCAACCAUCAGCAAGAUCGUCAGACCUUUCAACAUCCACAUGUCGACCAGGAACUGGAACAAACUCACAGAUUACAAUACAACACCAAGCAUCUCCCCAUAUAUACUGAUCAGCAAAAUCAAAGCUUUAGUGGACUAGUUACCCCUCGCCAAGUUCAUCAUAAUGUAAUCAAUUGCUUUCCAAAGAGUAUUACCAGCACUGAGUAUUACCAGCAACAGAAUCAAAUCCAAUUACAAAUUCCAGCAAGAGCAGCUGAGCAGUUUAGCACCAGUUCCUUGUCCAACAUUGAGCUAUCAAAUUCUGUAGAACUUGAUUGUCGACCUUCCUUCAUCGUGAUGGAACGACCAUCAACUAUCACAUGCUCGUCACUGUCAAACACUAAUCCCUUUUUGGCUGGUAGUAACUUUAAGAAAUACGAAAAGGCGGGUGAAGAGCUGCUUAGAAGUAUGCCACGAGCAAAGCACAGCAAAAUCGCACUGGAUAUGGAAAAAAAGUUUUAUUCACUUAAGUUUCAAGAGAGCAAGCUAAAAAAUAAUGCACAUAUUGCAAACUCCUCAUUGGGCACCACCACAUCAGCUACAUCCUCCGCUACUGACGUUAACUCUUCAUCAACAUGCAAAAGGCAUAAUUCAUUUGCUGACCAUGACCAUAGCGAUGUUGACUUGAGUGCGCAACCCGUGCGCCUUUAUGAUCUGCCUGCCUACGAGAGUAUGGUGGUUGAAGACUCAGCCAACACAAAUAUUGAAUUAAAAAUGGGCGAUGGCAAGCGAAGUUCUAACCAAAGCCUGGCCACUGCUCAGUUGCACACUCAACUAGGCGAAGAUAAAAUUAUAAAACACCACCAACGUCACCAUCACCACCACCAGCAACCAAAUGACGAAGGGAUUUUUGCUGACCAUCCGUUAAUGGAUACCGAGCGUAUCAGCAUUUAUCGAAGCGACUCCGGAAUAUCCAAUAGCUCUUACGAGUCACCAUUUCCUAUAGCGUUAUCACAGAAGCGACCACCAAACCAAGGAAAUGUAAACACAUCCUCCGGCUCAGCUGUUCGAAAACAUGUUUACAAAAAUAUAGAGGCUCAGCAUAGUGUCUUGACUCACGAUGAUUCUGCUUAUGAACCCUCUUCAACAAUAAAGACUUCCGAAAGCGGAGCAGCAUUAAUUAAUAAUUGUUCUGCUCCCACAACCUGUGGAACGCCUUAUAGUAUUUCUGCCUCAUCGCAUUAUAACCUUCACCAGCCUCUUAUUCAGUGCAAAGGAAAUGAACAGACUACGCACGAAGAUUUUGAACAGUACAGAGUUGGUAAACAGUCCGCAAAUUCCGUCUCUACAGUUUACAACGCCUUCAGCAAAAGCAAAGUCAGAUCGGCACUAGUGCAGUGUGGUAGUGUUCCAGCAACGAACAAGAAAAACAAAUCGCUGGUUAUUAAUCCAUUUCUAGCAAGUAAUGGGAAUAAUAACACAUUCAUUGGCAAUAACUACAAAAAGAAACUGCGACGGCAAACCAUCAGUGACCCAUACGGACAUAUCCAAUGGCAGCCAUACGUUUAUUCUGCCGACAAUUGUGACGUUUCAAAAAAAAGCGAAGACUACCGUUCAGAAGGCGUUAGGGUUAACAGAGAUAGUUCCAAGUUCCAAGCAACAUCAGCAGAGCAUAUGCAAAUCAACAACACCGCAAAAACUAGUUGUACAAAGGCCAAACAUUAUAAACGACUCCUAAUACCUAAUGACAUACAGCUCCAAAAGUCUCAAUUAGGCUCGUUAACCGCCAUCGAUAAUUUGCCGUCCGAGAUUGCUUCAAUCCUCCCGAUAGGUUCUUCGUCUAAUGGGACCCUCGAUUGUCUAGCCGUACGACGACCCAUACGACUACCAUUGCGAAAACAUCACACCUUCCAUUUUCAAAGCACACAGACAGUAAAAGGCAAGCUACAACAGUGGCGGGAGCAAACGCAAAUUCAGCUGCGAGAACGGAAGAAGUUCGAGCAGGAGACGAGGGCUUCGGUGUUGCGUCCUCUGGAUUUAAUUGAACAGCACGCCUUCAAGCCGAUUUCACUUACGCCUACCAUAGCAGAUUCGGAAGAGCAAAAGCCAAGGAAUGAGAGUCAAAUUGAUCACCUGGAAUUACAACCUGAAUGCGGACAUAAUGUUACAGAGGCAGACGAUGAUGAAGACCUUGGCUACAGUUUUUGCGAAGAAGAAUCCAUGGUAGACAUCGAUAACUAUCCCACCACGGACAAUCUUAAUACUGCCCCAACCAACGGCUCCAGUACAUCGAAAGCUAUAGAAAACGCAACUGCAGGUGCUCUUGAAUACUUUAAGUCACAAAGCUGUUGUGAAGUACACAUUUAAAUAUAAAAUAAAUUCGAAAGCCUAAGUGAAGUAAACAAGGUAUUUUGUAAUAAAUAGUAAAUAAAUUUUAAUAUUACAUAUUUUUACCUUAAGAUACCUAAAAUUGUCAAUAAAAG